AUGUCUCUUGCUGAGAAGGCUCACCAAUGGGAGAAAAGCCUGCCCCAUGGCACAAUCACCACUUGGGAUGAAUGCAAGAAGGUAUUUCUUGCUAAGUUCUUCUCUACCGGUCGCACAUCCAAGUUAAGGAGUGAGAUAUCAAGCUUCAUUCAGUGGAACAAUGAGACUUUCGCAGACGCUUGGGAAAGAUUCAAGGGAUAUAUCAGUUAUGGAGAGAAUUAUGAUAGCAAAGACUGGAGCUCGACCACGCACUCGUUCGAGUUAGAAGCACAUAUGCGAAAUGACAUGCAUGCUCUACAUUCCAAGCUAGACAAGCCGAUCCUAGCUCAAUUCCCUGCGAAGCAAGUCCACUCUAUCUCUGGUACAACACUAAUUCAAAACCAGGAAGGGGAGGAACCACAAAUUGAAAGAAUCUCUCCAAAGAAUAAGAGGACUAUUUAUGGUCACACGCCAUACCAAGCACCUGCGUCGUACAAGUUUGCUAUAAAUGGCUACAAACAACAAGGGCUCCCACCCAAUUCUACGUCGCACCAACAUAGUGUCCCACCCGGAUUCCCACCUAUGCCAUACCACACUCCACCAAGUCUAAAUGGGGAUAUGAAAGAAAUGCUUCAACAACUACUCCAAGGGCAACCAAAUGGUACUUUGGACAUGAAGAACAAGUUGAAGGGGAAAGCGAUCGCUCUCGGUGACAUCGAUGGGAAUUUCACGCCUCAUCCCAAGACGACGCUCGACGCCGAAUCUCUUGACAAUUUCCGGCGCGAUUACGAGGUCCCUGACGAGAUCGAGCUUGCUCUCCCGGCUGACGGAGAAAAUCCGGAGCAUGUAAGCCCCGGGUUUUGCUGCACCUAUGUUUCAUACUUCGAAAGCGGCAAGAUCAUUUUCCCAAUCCCGCGCUUUCUAUUGGAGGUACUUGCCCCUCUGAAGAUGGCGUUCCCUCAGAUGCAUCCGAGCCUCAUUCUCCACGCUAUCGGAUGCGCCGUCCAAGCCCGAGAGGAGGCCUUGACGUUCGGCGUACAAGAUCUGCGGAAGCUCUUCUUGGUGAAGAGCAAUACGAGGUUUCCGGGCUCGUUCUACUCUUCGCCGAGGCCGAAUCGGCGGAUUUGCACAAACACCUCGCAGAGAGAUAGCGGGUGGGCCAACGAGAUGUUCUUCUUCCAGGUCAAUAAAGCCUCGAUAGGCGACUUCGACUUCGGUUGUCUUCCGACGGUGUGGGCGACUAGCGUUGUUGUUGAUCCAGUGCCGAACAGCCCGAUCGAGUAA